AUGGGAGAAUCAAGUUUUUCAGCUGUUGCACCACCAGUCUUUGAUGGAGACAAUUAUCAAAUGUGGGCAGUUCGUAUGGAGACUUAUUUGGAGGCCUUGGAUCUUUGGGAAGCAAUUGAAGAGGAUUACGAGGUCCCUCCGCUUCCAACAAAUCCUACUGUAGCACAAAUCCAAUUACAGAAGGAAAAGAAGACAAGGAAAUCAAAGGCAAAAGCUUGCCUAUUUGCCGCUGUAUCUGAAAUGAUCUUCAUGCGAAUAAUGUCCCUCAAAACAGCAAAAGAAAUCUGGGAUUAUCUCAAGGCUGAAUAUGAAGGAGAUGAGAGGAUUCGGGGAAUGAAAGUCCUGAAUUUGAUCAGGGAUUUCGAGUUGCAGAAGAUGAAGGAGUCAGAGUCGGUAAAAGAGUACUCUGACAGACUUCUCAGCAUCGCCAACAAGGUGAGAUUGCUUGGUUCUGUAUUAAAUGAUUCCAGGAUCGUUGAAAAGCUGCUAGUCACUCUUCCAGAGAAGUUUGAAGCCACCAUUACUACUCUGGAGAACACCAAAGACUUGUCAAAGAUUUCUCUUACAGAGCUCUUGAAUGCUUUACAAGCGCAAGAGCAAAGGAGGUCUAUGAGACAAGAAGGGGUGAUUGAAGGCGCCUUACUUGUUGAGCAUCAAGACAGCCGCAGAGACACCGAAGAUAAGAGAGUGAGGAUUGGCAAUGGUGAACACUUGGAAGUCAAGGGAAAAGACACAGUAGCUAUAACAAGCUAUGAAGGUUAUAAAGUGUUGUAUGAGAAUAAGCGGUGCUUGAUCAAAGAUGCUAGUGGCAAAGACUUGUUCAACGUCAAAAUGAAAGGAAAAAGCUUUGCUCUAAAUCCGACGGCCUUUAUAUCUAGAGCUGGUGCCACUGGGACUUGGCACAAAAGACUUGGGCACUUUCAUCAUCGAGGUUUGCUUCAGAUACAGUCAAAGAAGCUGGUAGAAGAACUCACUGACAUUGAUGAUGACAUGUCUCCUUACUGUGCUCGUAAUUUUGGGAAGCAACAUAGGCAACCCUUUCCUAAACAGGCAUGGAGAGGUUCUGAAAAGCUGCAACUGGUUCAUGCUGAUCUUUGUGGUCCUCAGCGAACACCAUCACUAAAUGGUAAUCUUUAUUACAUUGCUUUUAUUAAUGAACUAACAAGAAUGUGUUGGAUAUUCUUGCUAAAGCAAAAGUCAGAAGUUGCGGGUGGAUUUUGGAAAUUCAAAACCAAAGUUGAGAAUGAUGGUGCAUGCUUGAUUCAGACUAUAAAGUCAGAUAAUAGCAAGGAGUACACUUUAGAAACUUUUAACAGGUUUUGUGAAAAGGCUGGAAUUGAACAUCAAUUGACAGCACCAUACACUCCUCAACAGAAUGACGUCAGUGAAAGGAGGAAUAGAUUCAUAAUGGAGAUGACGAGACGCAUGCUUCAUAAGAAGGAUCUUCCAAAACGUUUUUGGUGA